AUGGCAGGUACUCCAUCUCCGUCGUUUGUGCGAACGGCGACGCGCACUCUCCAGCACGACAUCCUGACGUGCACACACUGGAACCCCGCCACGAACAAGCUGCAAUGUGCGAUACGGGAUGCGGCCUACCUGAUAAUUGAUCUGCCGCGCUUCAUCACGUACUCGCAUAGCAACUACGGAGCCAUGCGGCGCUACAUCCGUCAGUCGCGCAUCAACAAGGGCAAGAUCAACCCCGAAGACUUCAAGGACGUGGACACGAACGUUCUGCGGGAAAGCCUCAUCAAGUACGCACAGGCAAAGGGACCACUCCAGAAAAUUGACUUUCGCUGGUUCUACUGGAUGUACGCUGUCAUGAUCAUCUACACAGGGUGGCAGGGGAUGCGUCUGCAGUCGCUGCUCGACGCGCGUGUGGAUCGGAUGGGUGCCUCGCUGGAGCAGCGCCGCGAUAUGUACAACGACGACUACCUCGAGGAGGUGCGCCCGCGUUAG